GAAAGAUGAAGCAUUUGGGUGUGAUUUUCUUUGGGGCUCUGUUGUUCAUCUUCCUGAACCAUGGAGUUAUAGCGGAAGAUGGGUUUGUGAAGACCAGAGGAGUGCAGCUUGUUUUGAACGGAGUUCCGUACUACGGAAACGGAUUCAAUGCGUACUGGUUGAUGUACAUGGCGACUGACCCUUCUGAGAGGGAGAAAGUUUCGUCUGCCUUUCGAGAGGCUACGAAAAAUGGGCUCACGAUUGCAAGGACUUGGGCUUUCGCCGAUGGCGGAUACAGAGCUCUGCAGACCUCUCCGGGCUCCUACGAUGAGAAAACUUUUCAGGGGUUGGAUUUUGUGAUAGCUGAGGCGAAGAAGAAUGGGAUCAAAGUAAUGCUGAGUCUGGUUAACAACUAUGACGACUUUGGAGGCAAGAAACAGUACGUGGAAUGGGCAAGAAGCCAAGGCCAGUCUCUAUCUUCUGAAGAUGAUUUCUUUACCAACUCUGUUGUUAAGGGAUUUUACAAAAAUCAUAUCAAGACUGUUCUUACGAGGAUUAACACUUUGACUGGAGUUGCUUACAAAGAUGAACCAACCAUAAUGGCUUGGGAGCUGAUGAAUGAGCCAAGAUGCACUUCAGAUCCAUCUGGAAAAACCAUUCAGGCUUGGAUAACGGAGAUGGCGUCUUACUUGAAAUCCAUAGAUGGGAAUCACUUGCUAGAAGUUGGCCUUGAAGGGUUUUAUGGACCAUCAAAUCCGAAAACGAAUCCGAACUACUAUCAAAUCGGAACUGAUUUCUUGGCGAAUAAUCAGAUCCCUGGCAUUGAUUUUGCCACUGUACACUCAUAUCCUGAUCAAUGGUUAAAUGGGUCAAGUUAUGAAGAUCAGGUCUCUUUCUUGAACAGUUGGGUCAAUGAUCACAUCCAUGAUGCACAAAACAUCCUUAAGAAGCCAGUCCUCUUUGCUGAGUUUGGAAGGUCUUUGAAAGAGUCAGGUUAUACCAUAAACCAGCGUGACCGGAUUUUCACUACAGUUUACUCGGGCAUCUACUCUUCGGCUAGGGGUGGAGGUCCUGCUGUUGGCGGCUUGUUCUGGCAACUUCUGGCCCAAGGAAUGGACUCUUUCCAAGACGGGUACGGGGUAGUGUUGAGUGAAAGCUCCUCGACAGUUGGUUUGAUCGCUGAGGAAUCUCAGAAGCUUAUUAAGAUUCGGAAGAUGUAUGCCAGGCUUAGAAACAUCGAGAAGUGGAAGCGAGCCAGGGAAAUUCGAAGGGAUCAGUUCUGGUCCGGGAAUAAGGUGAGUGGUACAGGAAACUGAGAAAAGGGUUUACACAGGAAACUGAGAAAAGGGUUUAUGUUUUAAAUCUGUCUGAGUUUCCCUCUUAGAGAUGAGGUUUGUUCAUCCAAGAGAGCAGGAUGAUAGUAAGAGUUUAUUUCUUAAUCUGUUUCGAUAUAUCCCAAAUAUAUUUCCCUAAUUUGAUUUAUU